AUCAGACAGGAUCUGCUCUCGAAGGAGCAAGGACCACAAUUUAACGCGUCUAUUUUUGUUUUAAAUUUUAAUUUAUGAUACCUACUAUUUAAAAUUAUCGAUGACAAUUAUUGCAAAUACUAAAUUGCGUAUAAAAAUUGUUAACUGCAACAAAUGUUAAUGUUAAUUAAUUUUAAAAUUUGCAAAUAGUGCAACGAACCCAAAUUAUAUCAUUAAAUAUUUUCUUCAAUGUGGAAACAAAGUGUAAUUCACCAACAACGGGCUUUUCGGAUUUGAAUAUUGCAGCUGAAAAAAUUAUUCUCGACUUACUUUAAAUGGAAUUUUUAAAAUUACGUUAAAUGGAAAAAUUCGUAAUUAUGGAAGCCAAUAGUGUAAAUAAUUCAACCCUACCACCGAAUAUGACAUUUACAAAUCGUUCAAUGACCGUCAUAAUAGUGUACUGUAUAUUUUUUAUAAUCGCCGCAAUUGGAAAUCUCACUGUAUUUAUUACACUGUCAAGAGGUCGUUACAAAAAAUCAAGAAUUGCAUUGAUGAUCUGUCAUUUAUCAGCCGCGGAUCUCUUUGUCACUUUCUUCAUGAUUCCACUCGAGGUUGGUUGGAGGGUUACAGUGAAAUGGCUGGCUGGAAAUUUCGCUUGCAAAAUCUGCUUAUUUUUGAGAGCAUUCGGCCUAUAUUUAUCUAGUAAUAUACUCAUUUGCGUUUCAUUAGAUAGGUAUUUUGCAGUUCUACAUCCUCUAAAAUUAAACGAUGCUAAGAGACGAGGAAAACUGAUGUUAACAGUCGCUUGGAUUGCAAGUGUCAUUUACGCAAUUCCACAAAGUUUCAUAUUUCACGUGGCAACGCAUCCAGAAUAUCCGAAUUUCACCCAAUGUGUCACAUUUGGCUUUUUCAAAUCGGAAUCACAGGAAAAUAUUUACAACAUUUUUUGCCUUUUAGCCAUGUACUUUGUGCCAUUAAUAGUUAUUUGUUGGGUGUACAUGAAAAUUUUUUGUGAAAUCAACAGCAAAUCUCGCGAAAAUAGACAAGUUUUAACGAGGACACGAAGUGACGGCAGUUCAGGGAGUUUAAACAGUGGAAGUGAUAGUCGCAUGAGAUUGAGAUGUUCGGACAUGAGUCGUAUCAAGAGAGCUCGGACCAGAGCUUUACGGAUGACCAUAACCAUUGUCGCUGUGUUCAUCUUAUGUUGGACUCCGUACGUGACAAUGGUGCUCUGGUACAUUAUCGAUCGUCAAAGUGCACUGAAUGUCAAGCAGGAAAUACAAGAGGCACUUUUUAUAAUGGCUGUUGGCAAUUCCUGCGCAAAUCCACUUGUCUACGGAAGUUAUGCCGUUGACCUGAAGAAAGAAUGUUGCAGGUGCUUUCUUCCGUUUCCGAAAGAAGAUAACAUCCAAACGUAUUACGUACAACGCGAUACAAGGCCAAAAUCAUUGAUUGUAGAAAAACAGUCUCCAGGUGAAAGUGUCAUUUUCAUAAAAUCAGUUCGAAGAAUUUUGCACGAUUACUUUAAAGUUGGAAGGGGACAAACGGAGACAACAUGCAAUACAACCCUAAACGCUGAGUGCGUUAUGAUAAAAAAUGUUGUUUAAAAACCAUCCCUCCAGAAUGUGUGAAAGAAGUUGUAUACUUCAAAAAAUCUUCAGAGGUAUAUAUGCGGAAAUAAAUAAAAUACGUAAAUUCAGAAAAUUUUUCUACUUUUCGCUUUUAUUUUCAUAGACGAAAAAUUAUCACAAUCAUCUAAUUGUGUGAACUCAUCAAUAAAUUAAACAUGUCAAAGUAAAAAAAAAGUGAAUAAAUGCAUAUUCAUAAAGGUUCAGGUCAACUAUAUGCGUGCGUAAUCUUUUUCAAAUGCUAUCUUUUUUUUUAUAAAUAUAUAACAAUGUACACACACUUUUAAAGAAAC